AUGCGUAACUUCCACUAUAGACAAUGCGUGUGGGUAGUGUCCCCUCAACUAGUCGCAAUCGUCUCAGUUUCCGCGAACAGAACGCAUCUCAUCCAGAGCACAGCCAUCAUGUUCACCACCUACGACUCCAGGACAAAGAUAUGGUCGGGCGUCAAAAUGCCAGGUCCAUUCAAUCCGCAAGCAAACCUAGGACAUCUGAUCCUCAACGUGCUGGAACGGAACCCGUCCAUGGUGGCACAGGUCAGCGUGGAGUCCGGAGUGGAGCUAACCUGUGAAGAGUUACGCCUCCGCUCGAUACGAGCCGCUCAGAACUUGACCAAGCUGGGCUACCAGCAGGGUGACAUGAUUGGUUUUGCCGUGAGGAAUCGGGAAAACGUGGCACCGUUGGUGUACGGGUGCUUUCUGAUUGGGGCGCCGGUUAACUGUGUAGAUCCGGAUUUCACGGUCGAUGACAUGGCGCACAUGUUUCGCAUCAGCAAACCGACGCUGGUGAUGGCCGAUGGAGACAAUGUGGAAACCGUGAAAAGGGCUUGCCGUGAUGCUGAGAUAAACGCUAAGAUCGUUGUAGUAGCGGAUGAUGCGGAUUGUGAUGGUGGAGAUAUAUCUGUGAAAGAUGUGCUCCAAAAAACGGAGAACGAGCAGUUUUUCUUCCCACCCUAUCUCGGUGACUCGGAAAAGCUUAUCGCUGCAGUUGUUUGCUCAUCUGGAACUACCGGUAUGCCAAAGGGGAUAUGCUUAUCGCAUGCACAUAUCAUACACCAAAGCGCUUUGAUAUGCAAUAUCCACAUGUACAGGACGCCGUUCGCGUUCAGCUCGCUCUACUGGGUAUCGGGAUUCUACCAGUUGAUUCAAAGCCCGUUCAAUAACUGCCCGCGCUACAUCUCGACUCGCCGUUUCAGUCCAGAGGCACUGUUCGAAAUCGUUGAAAAGUACUCGAUCACCCACGUGUUCUGCCCACCUGCUCAAAUAGCGAUGAUCCUUCAAAGCCCCCAAUUGGGCGAAGCCAACCUUUCCAGUAUCAAAACUUUCUAUUCUGCCGGUGGACCUGUUUCGCCUGGACUUCGUCAGUCACUGGAGAAGCAGAUACCCUCAUGUCGAACUGCAGUCGGAUACGGGACUUCGGAGAUCGGUUAUAUUGCUACGGAUGCUUUUGGAUUCAUGCGGGAAGGAUCCGUGGGGAUGCUAGCUACGAAUAUAGAAGCGAAGUUGUUGGAUGACGACGGAAACCAGGUGGACAUGAAAGAACAUGGCGUUCUCUGGUUUAGAUACCCUAUCAAACCACUGGGCUACCUGCAUAACGAGGCUGCAACUGAUGAACUAUUGACUGACGAUGGUUGGGUUAGCACCGGAGACGUGGGAUAUUUUGACGACGAUAGUUUUCUGUUUCUGGUGGACAGGAAAAAGGAAAUCAUCAAAUACAAAAGCUACCAAAUAUCACCGGCGGAGAUCGAAGCCGUAAUUGAGCAACUUCCGGAAGUGGCUCAAGCCUGCGUCGUAGGACUGUUUGAUCCGGUGAUGCACGUAGACUUGCCCACUGCAGUGGUGCAAAUCCGGCCACAUUGUACGCUUGUUGAGGAACGUGUGGUCGAGCAUGUGGCCAACAAACUAGCUGAAUUCAAACAUCUUCGUGGUGGAGUGUUCUUCAUGGAUGAACUGCCCACGACAAAAUCUGGGAAACUUCAAAGAUAUGAAAUUAGGAAGUACGCGGAGAUGAGGGUCGGCAAAAACGCCAGCAAAAUACAUCCAACUGGAGGUUAAAUAUACAAUACAUUUCAAUAACUUUGUCUGCAUGUACCACCCUGAAUGCAAAAUGAAAAAUGUAUAACCAGGAAAUAUUUGAUUUGUUUUAUUUGAUUUACUAUAUUGGCAUUCGGUCAGCAUACGCGAAAGUGGGGUUUUCCGGUUUGGGAGGUUAUGUUAUCUUACUGCGAUCGCUACGCUGACAGGUUAUGGGCCCAGGGAAGUUUGUUUAGGGUUGAGUUCGAGAAGCGAGGAGACUAAAAUGUGAAACAAUGAGUAGGCCGAUAUCCGAUGAGCUGUUAACAGGCGAUUUGACUGGGUGUCAGCAGUUGUUGUGGCCUCUCGAAUCUCGAAACCUCCAACACUCGUUGGAAAUCGAGGAUCGUGAGUGAGCUGCCACUAGAAUCAAGUGAUCGAGGCGGUAUGGUGCUGGUUGACUAACUGACGGUAGAAGCUUGAUGGUAAGUGUGGCUAUACUGAUUAAAGACGAUGUGCUGAGCC